AUGGAGGGAUCGAUCAUCUUAUAUGAUCCUGCCUGGGCGCAACUAGAUGAGGCCCAGCGUGAAGAAGAGAAACUCCUAGCAGCGUCUCAAGGAGCAGCAGCAGACGGCGAGGACACGACACCGCAAGUCAUUAUACCCAAGAAGGAGAAGGCCAAGUCCAAGUCGAUCGCAGAGAUGCUCGGCCUCACAAAGCAGAAGGAAGCGCCAAAAGUCCAUGUUGUGGUGGAUCCGGUACUGGGCAGGGUUUUGCGUCCUCAUCAAGUCGAGGGAGUCAAGUUCAUGUACAAGUGCACCACAGGAGCGACCAUGCCAAAUGCAUAUGGCUGUAUCAUGGCGGACGAAAUGGGUCUCGGAAAGACUCUGCAAUGCAUUGCGCUUCUCUGGACAUUGUUGAAGCAGUCACCUGAUCCUGGUAAAGGAACUAUUGAGAAGUGCAUUAUCUGUUGUCCUUCCUCGCUCGUGAAGAACUGGGCGAACGAGAUUAUCAAAUGGCUAGGACCAGGAAAGAUCGGAGUGCUCACAUGUGACGCUAAAGGCACGAAGGAAGAGACCAAUAACGUCAUGAAGCGAUGGGCUUCAGCAAGGCAGCGUAUGGUCGUCAAUCCCGUUCUCAUUAUCAGUUACGAGAGUUUGCGAAUGUAUGCACCGAUUCUGGCACAAACCCCCAUCGGAUUGAUGUUAUGUGACGAGGGCCAUCGAUUGAAGAACUCUGGUUCACAGACAUUCGUAGCAUUGAACGAGUUAAAUGUACAGCGGCGUGUUAUCCUAUCAGGAACACCCAUUCAGAAUGACCUGUCAGAGUACUUCUCGCUUUUGAACUUCGCAAAUCCAGGGCUGCUUGGAUCGACUGCAGAGUUCCGAAAGAACUAUGAGCUGCCUAUUCUGCGUGGCCGCGAUUCUGAGGCGACGGAGAAAGAGCAGGAAGCCAGUAACCAAAAGCUGAUGGAGCUCUCAGGGGUGGUCAGCAGAUUUAUCAUUCGACGCACAAACGACAUUCUGUCCAAAUACUUGCCGACCAAGUUCGAACACGUCGUUUUUUGUAGUCUGGCGCCUCUUCAGCUGGACCUCUACAAGCACUUUAUCAACUCGAAAUCGAUCCAGCGUUUGCUGCGCGGUCAGGGAUCUCAACCACUGAAGGCCAUUGGACUACUCAAGAAAUUAUGCAACCACCCGGAUCUGUUGAAUUUGCCUGAUGACUUGGAGGGAUGUGACAGUCUGCUGCCACCAGAUUACCAGACCAAGAGUUCGAAGAAGCCCAUGUCGCGCGGAGGUAUCUUGGUUCAACCAGAGUUCUCAGGAAAGAUGCAAGUCUUGGCUAGGAUGCUGGCCAAGAUUAAGAAGGAUACGAACGACAAAAUUGUGCUGAUUUCGAAUUACACACAAACGCUGGAUAUUUUUGAAAAGCUGUGCCGCCAGAGCCAGUACGGAGUCUUGAGAUUGGACGGCACAAUGACGAUCAGCAAAAGACAAAAACUUGUGGACCGAUUCAACAACCCUGACGGCAGUGAAUUCGUGUUCUUGUUAAGCAGUAAGGCAGGAGGAUGUGGUCUGAACCUGAUUGGCGCCAAUCGACUGGUUCUCUUUGACCCGGACUGGAACCCAGCAUCUGAUCAGCAGGCCCUAGCUCGUGUGUGGCGCGAUGGUCAAAAGAAAGAUUGUUUUGUGUAUCGGUUUAUCGCGACGGGCUCUAUUGAGGAAAAGAUAUUUCAACGACAAUCGCAUAAGCAGUCGCUCUCGUCAUGUGUGGUAGAUGAGGACCAGGAUGUGGAGCGACACUUUUCUCAGGAGAAUCUGCGACAACUCUUCCAGCUCAAUGAGACGACAGAGUGUUGUGAUACGCAUGAGACGUUCAAGUGCAAACGGUGUGUGGAGGGAAGACAAGUGAUGAAGGCCCCACAGGUGUCGUAUGGAGACACCUCGACGUGGAACCAUUUCAAGGGCGACCAUGACCUAGAGAAGCUGACAGAUCCUCUAUUGAAGGAGGAGGCCGACACGGGAGCCAUUUCGUUUGUGUUCCAGUACAUUUCGCACUAA